CUUCACUUGACAAAUGAAACCAUUUCUGAAUAAUUUUCCAUGUCUCUGAAAAUGUUUCAAAUUUUGGUGUCUGCUCUGCUGUUUACAGCUUCUGUUUCGAGUGUCCUUGGAGCACCCUUUCUGACAGAAGAAUCGGCGAAUCAAUUCAUGCGGCUCAAACGACACGUACCAUAUUCUCCAAGCUACUGGGACUCAGACAGCAGCCAGAACACGUGGGCAUACACUGUGGCUGAACAGAUUAGUGAAUCAUGGGCAGCUUUGAGGGAAACAGCACAAUACUACAUGGACUUGGACCCUUUUGCGUUUGAUCCUUCAAGAGCUGUCAGCAACAUCAGAUCCUACAUGGAGCAACUACAGCAGUCCAGGACUCAUCUCCAGCAACAAGCUAUUAAAUCCUACACAUCUUGUAUCUGGCGAUGUUAGGAUAUGGCAUGUUAUGUAUUUGCCAUUAUGUAUUUGAUAAGAUGACUUUAUCUCAUCCCACUUGGGUCUAAACCCAAAAUUAACACACUAAUUCUAUGCAUAAAUACUGCAUAUUUUAUAUUCAAAAGUAGAAGUGAGAUGUAGGUUGUGGUAAAUUGAAUAAGAAGUUGAAGAAAACCAACCAUGAACUUUUAGCAGGUUUGGUUUAAAAAUGCCAAGUGUUUUCAUGUAAAACAUUAUUUUGACUAAACAAUUGUUUGAAGACAUGCAUUCCUGCUGUGACUGAAAACCACAUUUUUAUUUCUCAGUAUUUUCCUUAAACAUUUUUGAGAGGUGAAUAAGAAAUGAAAACCCAUCACUUUGUAUGGAUGAGAGAAGUAGAGCACAUUUGCUUCAGGUAUACCUCUGUAGUUCAAGUGCAUUUCCAUUUUUUCAAGUACUAGUAGUAGGUGUGGUAGUACACUUUCAUUUGUGUCAACGCUUUUCUUUCCUCAUUUAAUCUCCUGUACUUGGUCUCAAAUGCCAAAGUGAACUGAACUCAUAGCUAUUACUGUGAGUUGUUUUUUCUUACUCCACAGAAAUAGGAAAUGGUAGAAACAUUCACGACUCCUUUUCUAUAAAGAAAAUGGUGGUGACAAAUGUUCUUUAUGUUCUUGUGCUUGGAAGUUUCCUGUUUCCUAUUAAUUAAUGUACCUUAUUUCAGAACAUCUUUGAAGAGAGGAUGAGGCUUCUAUGUUUCUUUUAUAUGUUAUUAAUAUAA